GAGUGUCUCAGAAGAGACCAAUGAUACUAUCCAGGGAAGUUUCCUUCACCAAUCAGAGCGCCAGGGCUCAGGAAGGAUAUCCGCUCUGGACACAAGUCACUUCCGGGUGUUUACUUUUGCUGUCUUUGGGCAGGCAGUUGUCUUGUACCCUGGCCGUGGAAGCAAGGCGCUGUUUUGUUGUUGUCUAGCCAGUGUUCGUCACGGCGUGCUGUCGCAAGUUCCGGAGAGACAGUGCUGAGCGUGUUUCACAUGCGGCCAUUACGCUUCUGGAGUUGUUGACAGUGCAUUAAUAGACGCAAGAGGUAAUCGACAAGGACUGCAUUUCGUCAACACUAUGUCUAAUUCUCCACGUUCAUCGAGCGAUGUUCCUGGUGAUCGGUCUAGAGAAAGCGCCGUCGAAGGUGGCGAUGAAAGCGGCAGAACAUCUGCAGCCUUCUUGCCGACCAGUCGGUCGGAACCGGAGGACGCAGGAGCAGCCGCGAGUGCCAGAAGUCCCGCUCAGAAAGAGAAGACCUCUCCAAGUCGGCAGCCGGUGCAGCGACCGCACUCCCUGAGUCUGUCGCCGGCAUUUCUGCCGCCUCUGAAGCCACACACAUCGUCGCCAGUAGCGCUGCCUCUGGCGCAAUCGACGCCCACUGGCUCUACGGUGUCACCACUUCCGUCAGCAACCUGGGGUUCUCCAUCGCCUCAACUGCUGUCUCCGCCGAUGUUGACACCUUCGUCAACAGAUGGGGAGUCACUACUGCCAUCUGCAGAACACUCUGCUAGGCUACAAGGAGUCCUGCCACUGUACACGCAGUUUAAGAAUGUGGUGGCGGAAGCUCAAAGGGAGGCAUCUGAGGGCGUGGCUGGGAGCCGCACAAAGACUCUUAGACCCCGGAGUUCUCUCUCGCCCUCUUUUCGCAAGGAGUUCUCCACAGAUUACAAGUCGAAACCGCGAAAACGGAAGAAGUUAUCUGGAAGUAAAAAGCUCCUCACAGGAAAACAUCGUCCGAAAGGGCGGCAGGCGGAGUUGGCAGCUUCAAAACCACCACCAUCACCACCUCCUGCUGCUGCUGCUGCUGCUGCCGCCGCCGUUGCCGCCGCCGUCACACAAUCCAUAGCUUCUGACGUCAAACCGACGUCGAAGUCUACUCGCUCGCCAUCGGCAGUCAAGAAAGCGCGGGCUGUCGGAGUUAGCCAUCAACACCAGCCCUCUACAGUUGCCACACCUGCGACAUCGUCUCGAGGACCGUCCCAGGGUGGUUCUGGGGGAAAAUCUGCACCAACGCGUCGCUCCACAUCGCCUCGGAAAGAGCCCCGGCGUGAGAAAAGCCGAUCCAAAGAUCACGAGGCUGGAGGCGAGCACCUACCGAAGCCGCUUCUACUGUCACCGUGCAAAGUGUCGCUUGCGCGACUGCCUAGCAAGAAGAUACCGUCUACAGCAGGCGGCUUCUGGAGUUCUGCUCGUGCGGAGGCUGCUGUUACCGAAACAUCGCUGAGAGACACAGUGAGUGCAUCGCCAACGGAGGGGCAGCGAGGCAUCCCAUUGACUGAAGAACUGGUUAAGAAACGAAGAGGUCGGCCUCCGCGGAAGAGCUCGGUGUCAACUGAGGGACAGGUAAAGAAACGUAAAGAUCACCAGCCACUGAAAGCUGCCACACUUAGUAAAACUUCGACUGGAGGAGUGGCAAAGAAACGUAAAGAUAACCAGCCACUGAAAGCUGCCACACUUAGUAAAACUUCGACUGGAGGAGUGGCAAAGAAACGUCUAGAUAACCAGCCACUGAAAGCUGCCACACUUAAUAAAACUUCGACUGGAGGAGUGGCAAAGAAACGUAAAGAUAACCGUCCACUGAAAGCCGCCACACUUAGUAAAACUUCGACUGGAGGAGUGGCAAAGAAAUGUAAAGAUCGCCUCCCACUGAAAGCUGCCAUCCUUGACACAUCAACUGCAGGAGUGACGAAGAAACGUAGAGGUCAGUCUGCUUUGAAAGCCGCCAUUUUAGCUACGAUGUCCGAAGGUAGAAAAACAUCCUCCAUGAAACGGUCUGUCAAGUGCUCUGUAGAACAAAAAGCUCUUAGUGAAACUAAGAAAACUCGGAAGAAAACAGAGUUGUCCAUACCCACAAAUAUCCCUGUGACAUCUGACCUGGCUUUCUGCCUUCAAAGAGCUCAGAAACAGACAGCUCCAUUUUUGGCUCAGAAGCCGAAGCGGAAAAGUACUACCAAGGGAAAAGCACCUUUUUUGCAUAAACAGACGUCUAAUUCAGUUCAAACAUCAGAGCAUCGGAAGAAGGCCUCUGAUCUGCGUCAGACCAAUAAGGACAAAGCCCAGAGGUUGAUCUUGAAACUUCGUAAGGAGAGAAUGAGAAAAACUUCGGUAACUACCAUUCCUCUGAAGACAGUUUCAGCACUGGAAUCAACUUCGCAGUCUAAGAGACAAAGCGCUAGUGGAUUGCCACAUAGUAGCUUAGAAGGUUCAUCAGAAGGGACAUGGAUUGUUGCUGAAAACAACAUUCAGCAGUGGACUGGCACGGGGCCGGAUAAAGUGGGAGAAACGACUCCGGAACGUCGAUCAAGGCGUUCUGCAGCUAUGCUGGCUCGUCAGGCAAUUGUGGCAGCUUUCGAAGAAGAAGCAGAAGAAGAAGAAGCAGCAGCCAUGGACCGUUCAAAGAAGCAGCAUGUAAAGACAUCACCAGAGUGGAAAAUCUCCAGUGGGCCCAGAAAUCCGAUCUGCUGGGUGACGUACACUUCGAAAAGCAAUGAGAACAGCAAGAAAGCUCUUGUGAGGAAGCGUAUUCUUCAGCAGCAGGACAAUGAAGGACCCUCACGAACUGGUACUUCAGAUGAUGAUUCCGUCACAUUCGUCUUAGAUGAUUUGGUGCAAACAGUAGACUCUAUGAACUCUGCUCUUCAGGAAAUUAAGCUAAAUUCAAGUGAGAACGCGGAGUGUUCACAUCUUCCCAGCACGGCUCCACUUCUGGUCGAGCUAACAUCUUCAGUGCAAGAGCCACAGCCCACAACAGAUAACGGGGAAACUGAUGGCGGCAGCACCACAACCGCUACAAACCAGUCGAAAAUAGAGAUUCAGAACCUGGCAGGGAUACAGACAUCACCCGUCGUUGUUAAAGAGCCUAGGAGGCGUCAAAGCAGUGGAUCGCAGUCUGUUGGUGAUGCUGCUGUAGCAGCUUCCCCUGAAGUAAUAACUGCCGAUGUUGGGUCAGCAUCGGGACAAGGGCCAGAAGCGGAGGAUCUUCCACGAGGUCGAUGUUCGUCGUUGGGAAGUGGCUCUACUUGGCCCAGUCCAUACACUGGGUCACGGGGUCGAUCCAGAAGUUCCAGUCCGCCUACUGCAACACGAAGUUAUCUCCGUUCUAAUCCUACAGACUACGGAUGCGCAAAUCCCCCAAACUCGGACAGAAAGGGCGCUCAAUUCAAUUCCAAGCACUGGAAAAAGCAUAUGAUAUUACCUAGUGAACAGCACCAGCAGGAAAUGUCCUACGAGGACCAGAGGGAGACAGAAAACAGAGAAACGCAGAGCGCCAUCACCGAACACGUCGUAACCCACGUGGUAGGGCGUAACGUUCCCAGUAACACAGCUGGAGACGGAUAUGCUACGAGUCGAGUACAACAAACAUCCGAAAAUCAGUGUGACCCUGCUGGUGACAAUUUGCCCGAACAGCGCAAAUCCCCAUCUUACACACUGCCUUCAUAUUCAUCGAAAUAUCAUAGACCAUGGAGAUGGUGUAAGACUGAAGACACUGAAGACAAUGACACUUGCAUGCCUAUUGAUUUGUCUUUACCGACGGUUAGUGGUAAAUUUUCCGUCCCAGAAGUAAUACACCGAGAACAUGCUGAUGACACAACCGGAGACGUUUUUCCAGUUCAAGAAACAACUGAGAACAGAAGGGAGCCUGCUGAUGAUUGUAAUUUGUCUGUUGGGCACAGAGGCGUUCAGACAUUUCCAUCAUGGUCGCUAAAAUCCGAUACGUCAUGGUCAGUUCGCAAGAUGGGAAGACAGUCAAACAUCGGGGAAGUAUCCACCGCUAUUGAACGGUCUCCGUUGACUACACGCAGUGAGUCUUCAAUUUCCGAGAUACACCGAGUGCACUCCGAUAGCACAACUGGAGACGUAAGUUCUCCUCUGAUACCGGUGCCACGAAGAGUCGAGAAGCGGUGCGAAUCUACUGGUGUCAAUUUGUCUCUCCGGCACAGAAGGGUUGAGGCACUGUCUUCAUGGUCGUUAAAAUUAAAUUCGUCAUGGUCAGAAACCGAGAUGGAAAUCCAAGAAGACAGCGGGGAAGGUGUAACUGUUCCCGAAGCGCCUGUGGCGACGACACGUAAUGAGUCUUUAGUCCCAGAGAUGUUACACCGACAGCAAGAAAGUUCCAGUCUUCUUAAGCCGUCUACGUCCUCAAGUCUGUCGCUCGCUAAAGAGAGAGCCUCAUCAGACGAUGAUCCGGAGCUACUGUAAGACAGUUGCGGGCCAGAUUCUACACCCACAGAAUCGCAAAGUCUCUUUGUCUCCCUUGCAUCCAGUUCAGAUAACACAGCAGAAUGACAAAAAUCUCUUGUUGACGUACAUAAUCUAGAGAAUGAUUCAAAAAGUAUUUCUUCCAUAUGCCUCGAUCUAGACAGUGCGGUAACCAGUGCUGCUAAAUUUAAAACGUCACGAGCAAUCUCUACGUAUCUCUAUUAUCCUCACAGGAUAUUUCACCUUAUAUAUGGUCAAGGAAUAGUCUCCAUUGCUCCUCGAAUGCAUCUGGAAAGAGUACCGAAUAAAUUAAGUCAGAAAUAUUGAAGUAUGUGGACAAAUGGAUUGUCAGUGCUGACGCUGUGGAUAGUUCGGAGCAAUAUAGUAGCAUAUGCCUUAUCGUUACUGCUGCUGCGCAGGAACUGCAAGAGGUACAAGAGUCAACUCUUCGUUUCAAUUACGCUCGCACAAGACAAGGUGAUAUCCGUAAGUAAAUCCUCAUUUUUCCCGCCGUAACAGUCGAGAUAACGUUCAGAGUGCUAUUGCUCGUGGUCUCCUAUAACAAAGUUCAGAACAGUAUCGUUGAGUUACAUGGUUGAAUUGAUAUACAGUACAUCGACAAAAAUAGCUAUGUUUAUAAUGCAGAUGCAACGGCUAACGACAGAGACAUUCCUUCAGAAAAUGUCACACGUGUCGUCCCAUGCUAAGACCACUAUGCAAUAUGAGUUGUGCAUUGUCAGAAGAGAUCACGUGUUUCGGCUUUCGUGCAGCUACAGUACUGCUACGGUGCGGAUAACAGGUGCAACGCGU